GUAACAGAAAGGCGGGACUACAAUUCCUUAGCAACGCGCUUGGCUCCCAGGGAGUGGUGGCGGUUGAUUCAACAUGGCGGCAGGGGCGACAAAAAGUGGAAGUUCGGGGAUAUUUUGGAUGAAUGGCGUGUCAGAUGAAGAGCAGCCCUUGGUGUUUGUUCCUGGAGUGGAUGGAGAGGUGAAUACUCAGACCCCUUUUUAUCUGGAACCAGGCAGCAUCAGUACAUCCAAUAAAAGAGGAACCAAGAUGCGGGGCUCAGCCAAGUGUAGCUCUGACUGCAAGAAUGAGGCUACACUAAAGAAAGGUGGCAAGAAACAGGGCCGCGUACAAGGUGAUUGCUCUGGCUCUACUAAGGAAAAGGUGUCAGUCCACCACAGUGCUGCUGUGGCAACAGAGCACACCCCUUCCCUGGCGUCUGAUACUUUUCUCCCCUCAUCACAGAUUAUUUCUGAGACCAGCAGAGCCAGGAACCAGGUCUGUUUGAAGGACCUCUGUCCUGAAGAUAAGCGCCGAAUUGCAAACCUCAUUGAAGAACUAGCCAGAGUGAGUGAGGAGAAAGAAGAGUCAGUGCAGCGUCUGAAAGAUGAACAGGAAAAUUUUGAACGCAAGAUCCAACAGCUGGAGCAGCAGAACCUGAUCAUAGCACAGGAGAGGGAGAGCCUGCAGCAGCAGUACAGAGAGUGCCAGGAGCUACUUGGGCUCUACCAACAAUACCUUUCUCAGCAACAGGCGAAGCUCAAUGAGUCCAUUGCCCAGCUCAGCCAGGCGCCAGCCCAUAGCAAGGUGCUCAGUAGUGAGGAAGCCCACAGCCGAACAUCUACUAGCAGAGCUAAUGCCUCACUCUUUGAUGGCUCAUACCUCAGCCUUGCUGCUACUCAAACACGACAGCCUCAAGUGCAGAGGAGUGGGGAUGGAGGAAGAGGAGCAGUGCAAACUUUGAGCAACCCUACCUCUCUUUCCUGUGUUAAUGAAGUAAGUCGAACUGAAGGGCCAAUCAAACAGCAUAGGAUUCACAAAAGGGAGUGCAGGGAGCCACACUCAGAGUCCUGCCACAGAUGUGAGCGCUGCCAAGGCAGUGGUCAAGACAGUGGCUAUGGAACACAGCAGCGUAGAAGUGAUAAUCGCUCUUGUCUAGAGAAUGACCACCACGACACCUUGAACCCAUAUGAGCGUGAAAGGCUCCGAAGUGGGACUGCUAUGGGCUCUGAGGCCAAGGAAGCCCUGACCAGGCCUCUGCUGGGUCACGAGGACUGGGAGGAGAGAAGGCAUCAGCUUCUGCUGCAGAAGAUGCAGUUAGAGAUGGAGAGAGAGAGAUUGCAGGCACGACUGGAUGAGCAGGAGGAGAGGCUCAACAGACAGAAUCAGCAGCUACACCAGUCGCGUCUCGAUUACAGCAGGUUUCAACAGGCUACUCAAGCUGAGCUCAGCACCUCAAACACUAGGACUGGAGAUCCACAGCCAGAGGGUCCCUCCCACCAAAAUUUACCCUCCAGUGUGCGUGGAGAUGCAGAGGUACAUCCUGCAGAACAGAACUUGCAUGAAAAAUGCACACAACCUGUACCUGCUCCUUUAGAUAAUGUUACGCAGACACGUGAGGCCUUAGAGCGAUCCAGAAGGGACAUGGCCACGUCUCCUGCAAAGUCCCCCGCAAGCCUGAGUAAGCCCAUCUCAGUGUCUGGGAUCCAGAAGACCCCCGAGGCCAGGUUGGACUUGUCUGUGGUUGACUUAUUGGAUAUCUUUAGUCCUGUCUCUGCCCCCGCACACAGCAAGCAGUCUACUCGAAGGACCAAAACGACACAACAUAGGCUGGCACUCGCUACCCCCAAACCAGUGGGCAGAACUCUGCUCACCCCUGCUAGGCCUUAUCCUCAAAGCACCCAGCAGGACCUGGAGGAAAGCCAAAUGCUGGAGGAUAUUUUCUUCAUUUGCUGACAAAUCAAGAAAAUGAGGACCAGGAAAUAAGGAAUGUUUGGUCUUAAACUUUUUAAAUGGCUUUCUCUUAAUUUUCUAUUGACAUUCAAAAUCAGAAUGAUCAUGAUGUUGUAGAUUGAGCUCUUGUUAUACUGUACUUUUUAAUAAGAAUAAACGAUUAUUUAUUCAGAAUUGGCCAUGCUUCUAGUUUGCAGCUGAGAUCUUUUGUUCCCACUGCAGGAAAACUGUUUACAACUGAGCUACGUUCAUUGUCUCUGUAGACCUUGACAGCAUAAAUGCUAAAUGAAGCUUGUGAUACAGUUGUACAUUGUGAAUUCGACUAAAAUGUAUUAUCCAUAAAUUAUAUAACAUCAGUGAUUCACCACUAGCAUACAGUCAGUUGUUUCAUCGCCUAUCUUCCUACUGCAUUUCAAAGAAAUCUGUGUAUAUGUUAGUCAGGUAUGCUGUUAAUGACUGACAUCACUUUCAAACUGGGGGCAAUUUUGGUAGUUUUCUGACAAUAAAAUACAAUAAAACAUG